AGGGGGGACAGUGGGGGCUUAAUGACGGAAGUAUGAUUUACCUGUACGUGACUCGUCCAGUGACAAAUCCGCGGUUUCCGUUACAAAAAAAUCGUUGGGCAAAAGUGAAGUGCACGCCUCUGGCGAAGUAAACAUAAAUAUUUAAAAAAUCGACGAGUCCGAACGACCCCACGUCCCAGAAAUAAACAAAUCGGAUCAAUGAGACGCUGUGAUGAAACUUACGCACUCACAGCGGUAACAAUUAAAAAUAAAUGUUUGUUUGUGUGACAUAACCUCAAACUUGUACCUGAACUACCUGAACGGAUAUGGAUACAAAAACGGGGCUCAUUUUUUUGCUCAUUAUUUAUAGAGUUAAGUCUGAGGUAGCUGAUAGGAAUCUCGAAACGUCCGUUAGGGUGAAUAAGUGCUGCGAGGAGGGAGAAUUGUACGAGGGGAAUUACCAUUGCGCGAAGGUGAAUCUCACCCACGAAACACCAUGGAAGCCCAUUUUUACGACACAAGAUGGGAAGAGGACGAACUUGCAAAUCAAAUAUCGACUGAUAACUGGGCUACCGGAUUGCGGAUCAAAGGCACCGUGGCCCAUUUACCACUACCAGAAUUCCAGCGACCGCUUAAGGCUCCUACCAAAUGGGGUUUUGCGGCACUACUUUGACCACAACGUUCCCCACGAAACGGAAAUGGACGACAUUAAUCCAAACUCUUUAUACCACGACUAUGAACCAAACAAAUACUGUUUGGAAAAGAAAGUCGACGGUCAGUUUAAGAGCGAAUUCGCCAGAGUCUGCGCCCCCGAUCACAAUACUCACUGGAGCGAAACCGAAUUUUUAAUGCGAAAUAUAGUGAAUCCCGUCACUCACGGAAUCGGGAUUGUGUGCCUUUUGAUUAUAGCUGUUACAUAUUUUGUAAUGCCCACGUUACGUGAUUUGGUCGGUAAUAUAAUUACCACCCUCUGUAUGUGCCUUAUUUUGAGCCAAGUGGCCGAUCUCAUCAGAUUACUGACGGUUUUCAGCAGCCACAUCAGCCUUAUUAUCACAGACACCAUCUGCUACUUCAGUCUGUUGGGGUCUUUUUUCUGGUUGAACAGUCUGGGCUAUUACAUAUGGAAGACGUUCAAGUCGCGGAACGUGUUUCUGAGAAUAACCGACGGUAAAAAAUACUGCUACUAUUCAAUGUAUUCAUGGUCAUGUACUUUGGUACUGGGGGCCCUGGCCGUUUUUGCCCACUUCACCAUGGACUACCCAGAAGAAACAGCGGCACACGAACAAGAAGAAAUUGGUUCCCUGGGUCUGAUAAUAUUCUUCGUCCCCGUGGCCUUCACCAUCCUCAUGGACGUCUUCUUCUUCGCCACGACAGUAAAAACCAUAAAUCGCAUGCACACGUACGGUCGGAUCCACCACAAACUGCGUCACAGCUUUCGCAUGUUUUUGUUGUUAUUGCUAAUAAUGACAAUAACGUGGAUGUUUUUCUUGAUGUCGUUUUUUAAGUUCAAAGGCUUGAUUAACUGUUACAUCGUUGUAAACGCUUUUCAAGGUCCGCUUAUUUUAUAUGUUUGUGUUUUCAAUCAGCGACAUGUGGCGUAUUUGCUUAGAAAAACGUGCUGCUAUAAAAAUUGCUUUUGCAAGUGUUGCCGAGCGGAACCCGAGGCCGAAUGGGGCGACGAGAUGACGGCCAUGAACACGGGAAUUUAUUAGAGAAUUAGGCGGCUUUUUCCUGGGGCAGCUUUAUGUUUUCGAAUGUACUUUUUGGCUGUACUUAAUUUAUUUAUGAGUAGAUUUAAUAUUAAUUUAUAUUUUCGUAUACCAGACACUUUGUAUUUUACUAAGGAAAUAAAAAAUUAACACUCA